GGCUCCGUUGUUUGGCGGGGUUGGCGCUACAAAUGCAAAGUCAUUGUGUGUUAGCUAUCAGAGGCGCCGGUUCCACGCGAAGUCGUUAGAGCGAAAGAGAUCGCGGGACAGAUAACAUCCUGAUCCAGCGUCUCUGAGCCUCAUGGACACGCAAGUUGGGGGCGCCCAGCUGCUACUAAGCCGCGCCAGCACUCUGAACCUGCACACGGGAAACCUGGUGAACCGGAUCCGCCUUAGGAAGUGUCCGGCUUCACCUUACGAAGAGCUUCAAGACUGUAUUCAAGCUACUUUGAAUGAAUGGUCCACCACAGUACCCACAAGUCUAGACAAGGAUCCACCCAGCACGCUUGACGUGUGUCUUGCUGAUGCUACAGAUGCCAUAACACCAGAUGAAAGAGAUGAGCUGAAGGUGACAGUGAAGCUGUUUCUGACUGGGUCAGACUAUUCUUCCAUCAGAAGUGCAGUAGAUCUUGCCUGUGUGUCGCUGGGGGUAUCCCAGCUAGACUCGGUGAUCAUUGCUCCCCCUCAACUGCCUGAAGGAGAGAGCCUUGCAUUGCAGUGCCUUCAGCCCAUUUGGAUGGAGUUGGAGGGCCUGGUGCAGAGCAGCAAGAUUGCUGCUAUUGGCACAUCUGAUCUGGACAAACUGCUCUUAGAACAACUCUACAUGUGGGCUCAGAUUAAGCCCAGCAGUAAUCAGGUGAACCUGGCUUCCUGUUGUGUGAUGCCUCCAGAUUUGACAGCAUUUGCAAAAGAAUAUGACAUUCAGCUGCUCACUCACAAUGACUCCAAAGAACUGAUUUCAGCUGCAAGCUUCCAGAAAGCGAUACAGGAAGGCACACAGAAACUGGAGGGGGCUGACUGGGAACUGCAGUGGGUCCUGCGCUAUUCUGUUAUUGUUAAAAGCAGAGGAAUCAUCAGGUCAAAGGGCUACCUCCUCCAGGCUAGAAGGAACAACUUGUAGCUUGUUCACUGUCAGCCAUUUGUCCACUGUUCUGUGAGCUGUAAAAUUCCAUUGUCUGCAGUGGAAUCUGUAAUGUCACAUGCAGUGAAGCAUCUGGAAAAGUAGUACAAUAUUGUAUGAGUGGCAUGAACAUUGCCUUCUAAUUUACUGUCAGUAUGGUUCAGGCAGAUGCAUGAACCAUGAAUUUAAGCUCUAACACUGAAGACUUCAUUGUUAUGCCAAGUAAUGUGGUUAUGAAGUUUAAAAUCUUAAAGUACAUGGUAAAAUAAAACUAAGCAUGGUGUCCAGGAAAGCAUGAGCAUUUUCAGUAGCUACAUCUUGAGUUAGGAUGUCAUGUUAACUUAAGAUGAGGGUCUCUACUGUCGAGUGGCUUUAAAAAGUUUAACCUGAACCGAGUGCAGGAACUUUUAACUUAUCUGAACUUUUGUAUAUGACAUCUUAUAGCUCCUUUCAUUAAGCAGAUUUUGAAUGGAGUAGUCUCUACAUCAAUGUAAUGGUUUGGAAAUGAAUGGGGAAGUUCAAAGUUAAAAAUACUUAGUGGCAUCAGAAGUACACUUCUCUUUACAUAAAUCUUUAGAAUCUGCUUUACAUUAAAUGAAAAUGCUCUUUGGGUUUACCCUCUAGGUGGACUGAUAACAGCCUCCUGGCAUUUGUGGUUCUAAGUUUGGUUUCUCUUCAUUUACAAAAGUAAAAAUCACUGCUUUGAGCUUCCCCCUGCCUUUUUUUUUUUUUUUAUUUUUUUAAUUGUGUAUUUUGGUACCUUUUCAAUAUGAACAUUCUAAACAGGGUCCAAGUUGUCUUGAAAUAUUAAUAGUUCUGUACAUAUGUAAUACUGCCUUUUCUUAUAGUAAAAUUAAAUGGUGACUAUGGGUGUUACUUGUUUAAAUUUUAAAAUGCAGGCUACGAAUGUCCAACUUGCAUACAACUCAGUUACGAACCAACCCCAGUAAAGCCUAUUAUAUUAAAAAUUCGAGUUACGUAAAA